CACGUGAUCCGCACCGCACCGCACCGCACCGAGAAGCUGCGUCGCACCAACCGCGACACGUGGAAGUCGCACCACCAAAUCCAUCUCGUCUAGUACUAGUCGUUAGCACACCCACCGUUAGUGGAGUCAUCGCGAGAUUCGUCCUUCGGGAUUCUAGGGCCUGCACUUCUCCCUCCGGGGUCCAGGGGUUCUCGAGGUCCAGGGGUUUUUUAAUCUGCCUUGUUCUUGGAUUUUGUUUCUCCUCCCGCGGGUCUUCCCAUCGAUUCUUCCCCAUUCAUCUUUUCCUCUUAAUGUCUGGAUUUUUUUUAAAAGAAAUUGAGGGUGGGGUGGGGUGGGUUCAAUCGGCGCUCGUGGUUUGAAGGGAUUACCGAUCUUGUUAAUUUGAUUGUGUUCUUCUUCUUCCUCUUCUUUCAGGAUUUGAUGAGUGAGUCUGCUGUGCGGAAACAACCUUUGUGAGGCUACAGCAGUUGGUGAAGUAAAGGAAUCUAUUAAAGAAAACAGAUGCAGUGGGAAGAAAGCUAGAGGUGACCAAAUGGCAGCUGAAUCCUCCUCUGUUCAACAAACAUCCUCCGAAUCGAUUGUGCAAAAGAUGGGGUUCUUCAGAGUCCCUGACCACCUUGUCAAACUGAGCACCAAAUGUUCAAUUGAAUUGGAUGCGGUCCGCAGUCCAACAUCGCCCCUAGACCUCAAGUUCUUCACAGGCCUUGGUACCAAAUCACCUAGAUCAUCUUCCCUUGAUGCCAGCCAGAACCAGAAGAUCUUGCUUGGUGACAGGGUUGGGCUUGGACUAGUGGAUUCCCUCAGUGAUGAGAACCCCACACCCCUGGGCAGUAGGAAGGUUCUUCUUGGUUCUGAGAUGAGGAUUACUGACAAUCUGUCUCGCAAGAACAGCUCCACUGCUCCUGUUCAAGCUGGGGAUAAUAUGUCUGAUGGACUGAAGGGUAGUAUCAUGUCCCUUGAUGACAUUGUCAAUUCAGAGGAUUACACAUGUGUUGUUUCCCGUGGCCCUAACCCUAGAACUACCCACAUUUUUGGAGACCGUGUUUUUGAGUUUCAAGUUGAGCAGCUGAUGCCUGAUCAAAAUAAGGGUGGGGAGAGUAUGACUCCUCAUGUGAAAGAGGGUGCGAUGAGCUUCUGUUGUUUUUGCAGUGAGAAGCUCAAAGAAGGGAAAGACAUCUACAUGUAUCAAGGGGUGAAAGCAUUUUGCAGCAUGGAGUGCAGGGAGAACUUCAUGGAAGAAGGUGAGCCCAUGAUGGAUCAUCCUGCAUCUCCUAGCAGUUCACCCUUUGACAAUGGUAGUAUUUUCCAACUGAUCCGUUGAAUGAGCAUCGGUAACAGCUUGAUGUGGUCGUAUCUGAAGUGCUGUUUGAGGUUAAUAAGUUGCAGCCAUGGAUGUGAUCAGGUUUGCUGAGUUGUUGCCUGAAGAUUUUGUUUGUUGCGGUGCUGAUGAAUUUACCUCACCUAUUGAUAUUUUUUUAUUUUGCUUACUUGGAUCCUCAAAUUUUUGGAGGAGGCUGAAAAAUGACUACCUCCGGUCAUAUUAUUAUCUUGAUCGGAGAAGCAUGUGUGCGUGUGUUUAAACUUGAGUUUGUUUGCUUGGACCUCAGUUUCACUGGCUGUCAUAUGUUGACGCCUUUUAUUACCGCCAUGUAUCUGAACCUAUGUUUCGGCAUGUAUUUUCAUAAAGAAAAUGGUACACAAUAAUCCUGAAGCA